UGUGCGUAUCGUGUUGGUUGUAUUUCCAUGAAGAAAUCUUGGACGAUGUAUUCGUUCACUGACAAUUGGUGGACAAAUACCAUUACGCUAUGCGCAAUAAUAGUUACCAUUUCCUACUACUUCUGCGUUUCGACCUUUAAGAAAUGGGAAAAGCUCAAUGUGCCAUACAUUAAACCAAUACCAUUGUUUGGCAACUUUUUGGGUAUAGCUUCGGGAAAAGAUCAUCCGUUGGAAUUUUACGGUAGAAUCUAUGACCAGCUCUCCGGUCACAAAUACGGGGGACUGUUUCAGAUGAGGACGCCUUAUUUAAUGAUCCGGGAUCCGGAAAUAAUAAACGACGUGCUAAUAAAAGAAUUCGCCUCUUUCCCUGACCGUGGUAUUUACUCGGAUUUCUCGGUAAAUCCACUGUCGAACAACUUGUUCUUCAUGGAAAAUCCUCAAUGGAAAACAAUAAGAAGCAAAUUGUCACCUGCAUUCACAUCUGGAAAACUCAAGAAUAUGUAUAAUCAGAUGAAAGAGUGCGGUGAUAUAUUAAUGAAAAAUAUCGAUAUUUUAAGGGAAAAAAACAAUGAAAUAGAAGUAAGAGAUAUUCUGGGAAAGUAUGCGACCGAUGUCAUCGGUGCAUGUGCUUUCGGGCUCAAAUUAAACUCCAUAAACGAUGAUCAAUCCAAAUUUCGUAAGUACGGAAAAUCGAUAUUUACACCUUCAAUAAGAGCGCUAUUUAGAGAAUUGUGUCUGAUGAUCAACCCUUCACUUUUGAGAGUUAUAAGAGUGAAAGAUUUUUCAACGGAGGCGACUGAAUUUUUCCACAGAGUGUUUAAAGAAACAAUAGCAUAUAGACUAGAAAAUAAAAUAGUCAGAAAUGAUUACGUCGAUUAUUUACUGCAAGCAAGAAAAGAUUUAGUGUUGAACCCCAAUUUACCUAAACAUGAAAAGUUUACUGAAACACAAAUUGUAGCAAAUGCUUUUGUAAUGUUUGUUGCUGGGUUUGAAACUGUAUCAACUACUGUAAGUUUUUGUUUAUAUGAAUUAGCAUUGAAUAAAUCUAUUCAAGACAAAGUUCGUGAAGAAAUUCAACUAAAACUGUCCCAAAAUGACGGACAAAUUGACAACGCGUUAUUGAUGGAUCUUAAUUAUUUGGAUAUGGUUAUUGCUGAAACACUUCGUAAGUAUCCUCCACUGGUUGCUUUGUUCAGAAAAGCAUCUAAAACAUAUCAAGUACUCAACGAUUCAUUAGAAAUUGAAAAGGGACAAAAAAUAAUAAUUCCAGUUUAUGCAUUGCAUUACGAUAAACAGUAUUAUACGGACCCGGAAAAGUUUAUUCCAGAAAGAUUUUUACCUGAAGAGAAAGCUAAACGUCCAAGUGGUAUUUAUCUUCCAUUUGGUGAUGGACCUCGAAUAUGUAUAGGAAAACGUUUUGCAAGAAUUGAAAUGAAAUUGGCUAUUGUUGAAAUGUUAAUAAAAUUUGAAGUUUUUCCAUGUGCAAAAACAGAAAUUCCUUUAAGAUAUUCUAAUAAGGUUUUAACAUUAAUGCCAAAACAUGGAAUUUGGCUAACAUUUAAAAAAAUUAAUUAAAUGAAGAUAAUAUUACAUGGAAUAAAAAAAUGACGUUAGAAUGACUUAAAAAAAAAAUAAAGUCGAAUGGUUUUUUAAUUUAUUUUUUGUUUCUAACUAUUAUAAAUAAAACAUUCAUUUGCAACUUAAAUCUAAAUAUUAAAUUAAAGGUCACUCAUUCAAAAUAAAAAAAGAUAAGUAUAACUGCUCUGUAAUGUAAUAUGUGUCAAAUAUAUAGGUAAUAAUAGUUAAUCACGUCAUUGAAGAGUUGAUCAAUGUAAUGUACGAGUAUGUGUUUAACUAACUUGAAUUCAAUGAUAAAUAAGAAAGCAUCUAAAAUAAGUAAGUUUAGCUAUGUUAAGACUUGUAUAUUUUUUGACAUAUGUGUGUACAUAUUAAAUAUAAUAUAUAUAUAUAAUUUUUUUUUUCGAUA